AUGUCAACCGCUUUAAUCCCAGGAAAUGCCUAUGGUACUUUGAAUGUCCGUUCAUCAUCCAACUGGUCACCAGACUGCUCUGUUGUUUACUCACAAAUCAACUACAAGAAGGGUAAUAUCUCCUCUGCCAAUGCUUCAUCCUCGUGGCACGCUCUCACCGCUGAUGACAAACAAUGGGUCACAUUGAGUUCACCAGUACCAGUUGAAUUCCAUCAAAUCCAAACCCAAGGUAGAGGAGAUGACGAUUUGUCUCAAUGGGUUACUAGUUACAAAAUUCGUUACACUGAGGACGGUGUCAACUGGGUCGAUGGACAAACAUUCCAAGCCAACACUGACCGUCAUACCGUUGUUACCAACACUUUGUGUCCACCGAUUGUCGCUCGUUCCAUUGCCAUUCACCCACUCACCUGGCAAGGAUUUGUUACCAUGAGAUUCGAUGCUCUCUACCGUCCAAUCAAGCACACCAUCACCAAGACUGGUCUCGUUAUCGAUGAAACUCAAAAGUUCAACUCUGGUUGUCCAAUUGGUGAUAAAUACUCUGAGCACGUUAUCAAGUUUGACAAACCAUUCCCAAGAAUCCCAGAGGUUAUCUGUGCCUUGACUCAAAUCGAUUGUGCUCAAGACAAGAACUUGCGUAUCCGUGUCUUUGCCAAGGAUAUCACCAAGGAAGGUUUCACCUUUGUCUUUAUGACCUGGUUCGAUACCAAGUUAUACGGAUUGAGAGGAUCAUACGUUGCUACAUUGGAUCAAUAA